UCCUGAAAUUUAAAUCACCGGCUAGCGGUUUCCUGUCCCCGCUUCCCGCCUCCCUUUCCCCCCCUCAGCCUCCUCCCGUCUGGCUGGCGCCGGAUCCGCGAGCAGCAGUGUCCACCUCACUUAGUUGGCCGAGGCGGUAUCCAGAUUCCGGGAGUCUCGCUCCUUGGCAUAGUGGUCGCUUAACUCCAGCGCCUUCCCCAGUGCCUCCCAAACCUCUCGUCCUCCUGCCUGGGGCUGUUCUAGGAGGAGCCUAAAUGUCCGCUUCCCCAGCUGAGGGGGAUUGUGGUGCGUAAACAGGAUUAACUCCCUCGCCCCCAGCUGCACGGAUCUGCGCGGAUCUGCGCGGCGGCCUGCGGGCCAGAGCGAGCCUUCGGGUGCAUGGAGGGCGCCGCAGUGGAGCGGGGGAUGGGGAAGCGCGCGGCCUUGGAGCAGUCUCUUGGGCCCGCUUCCUCGCCGAGUGGGGAGGGGGGCCACAGCCUAAGGAGCUGCUCCUCAAAAGCCCGGGCGGACGGCGGCGACGGCGCGAGUUCCUAGCGGCAGCCUCAGCUCCACCACCUCCCUCACCCUCCCUGCGCUUCCUCUCCGCCCCUCGCGCUCCAGCCACUCGGCCGCAGCCCGCGCCGUCCUCCGCCCCCCGGAGCCGCCGCGCCAGACCCUCGCCCAGACAUGGGGGACCUGCCGGGCCUCGUGCGCCUCUCCAUCGCGCUGCGCAUCCAGCCCAAUGACGGCCCGGUCUUUUACAAGGUGGACGGGCAGCGCUUCGGCCAGAACCGCACCAUCAAGCUGCUCACCGGCUCCUCCUACAAGGUUGAGGUGAAGAUUAAGCCCAGCACGCUGCAGGUCGAGAAUAUUUCCAUUGGCGGUGUGCUUGUCCCACUGGAACUGAAGUCCAAAGAGCCUGAUGGGGACAGAGUUGUUUAUACGGGUACAUAUGACACAGAAGGUGUGACCCCAACCAAGAGUGGAGAACGGCAACCCAUCCAGAUCACCAUGCCGUUCACAGACAUUGGGACCUUCGAGACGGUGUGGCAAGUCAAGUUCUACAAUUACCACAAGCGGGAUCACUGCCAGUGGGGAAGCCCCUUCUCCGUCAUUGAGUAUGAAUGCAAGCCCAAUGAGACUCGCAGUCUGAUGUGGGUGAACAAGGAGUCCUUCCUCUGAAAGUGGCUCUUUCUGAUGCUGCUGGACAAUCUUUUCAGAAAUCUACUUUUAGAUAAACCAGCGCAGGCCUUAAACAAGGCACGCCACACCAUUGCUGUUCCCCAUCUGGUACUAAUGACCUACUAGCCCUGGUUAUUUUGAAAGUGUAAUUCCCCUCUGACACAAUAUCCCUCACAUACAAGAUGGUGAUAUACCACCCCUGAGAAUAUUCCCAUCUGUAUUUUGUGCUGAUGUUCCUGCAUCCAGUUGUUCUCGGUCAUACUUUUGACCACUCGUGACUGGAGUUCAGUGGCACUGGCAGGCUUGUCCUGCUCUUGACCAUUCCACUGACUAACUAUGGUGUGUUGUUUCCAAGUUAAGUGAUUCCUCCCUUUUUUUUGUUCAAUGUUAAAUUCAAAAAUAACAAUGUGUAUGGGUCCUCCCAUGUGUAAUAUGGUAACAUGUAACUUGCAGUGUUUGCCAGCUUUCAAAGCAGGCUUUGUGAAAAUGUAAUACAAAUAGCAGUGAAUGGGACUCAAAUGUUGUGCUUCCUAUAAACAGCUCCGCUCUUUCAGGGAAGGAUGAUAACAAACUAGAAGGACAAAUAUGUACGUAUUUAUAACGUAUUAAAACUCUUUUAAGUAGCUUAAGGUAUUGUGCAAUGGCCUAGCCUAGUAGAAAUGGGGGAAAAGCAUUGCUGUGGACCAUUUUUAAAGUGACAGGAGUUGUAGGGUUACCCCUUUGACAAGCUUCCAUAGUCUUCAGACAUGCACAUUGAUGGCAUCCCUACAGUCUUCUUCACUUGACUUUGUAAAACUGCAUAUGGACCUGUAAUCAACUUUUGAUAUUUCUUAAUAAAGGCGUUGAAAAUCA